AUGGCUCCUUUCACGGUUAUCAUUAUCGGCGGCAGCGUAGCCGGGUUGACGCUCGCCAAUAUUCUCGAGAGAUAUGGCAUUGAAUACAUCCUCUUAGAGAAAUACAACGCCAUUGCCCCCCAGCUCGGGGCCAGUAUUGGAAUCCUACCCUAUGGCUCCCAGGUGCUGGACCAGCUCGGAAUUGAGGAGAAGGUCUCGUCCAUGUCCGAACACGUUGAGACGAUGCAGAUAUUUGGGCCAGAUGGAGAGUGUCUCAAUACUGAGCACGGAUUCGGUCAGCUGCUGGCAGAGCUGACAGGAUACAAGUUCAGUUUUCUGGAUCGUCGUGAACUUAUCCAAGCACUGUACGACAAUCUCCGAGAUAAGUCCAAGGUUCAUGUCUCGAAGGAGCUUUUCAAGAUUGAUCGACUAGAUGGUGAAGUGCGAAUCACCACCAAAGAUGGUACAAUCUUCACGGGAGACAUCAUUGUCGGCGCAGACGGUGUUCAUAGCCAGACCAGAGCGGAGAUGUGGAGAAUUGCCGAGUCAGAAGAUCCUUCUUAUGGAAGCAAACAAAUGGCUGAUUCAAUCACCUGUACAUAUAGGUGUAUGUUCGGCAUCACUGAUUGUCCAGAAGACAUUCCCAAAGAGACCGGGUUCAAAUCGUACCACAAAAAUCGUUCUUACUUAUGCCAGUCGGGCCGCGAAGGCAAAUUCUACUUUUUUGCCUUCAUAAAGAACCGACAAAAAACUGUCGGCCGGUCCGUUCCUCGAUAUACAGCCGAGGAUGAACGGGCCGUGCUAGAUGAAUAUGGAGAGGAUAUUAUCCGACCAGGCAUCACGUUUGGUGAUAUAUACAAACGUCGGCGACAUGCGGUUCUCGUUCCGCUGCAGGAAUAUGUCUUGGACAGGUGCUUCUACAAAAGAGCAAUUCUUAUUGGUGAUUCCUUUCACAAAUUCAAUCCUCUCACCGGACAAGGUGGAAACUCCGCCAUCGAGGAUGCAGCGUUGCUCGGGGAUCUACUGAAGGAAGCGUUCCACAAAGACCCUCGUCCCAUGAGCACCACCAUCCAAGCACGAUUCGCCGACUUUCAGAAAAAACGGCGACCCAGAACGGUAUUACUGCGAGAUGGGGCCAGUUCGUUACAAGCGCUUGAAGCCCUCGAAAGUCCCUUGUUGCAGUUCAUAGCUCUCAGAGUGAAAAUGUCGAUCGAUAAGCUGGCUUCAAGAUUCGCGGAAAUAUGCUCACCUGGUCACAUUCUGAGAUAUCUGCCAGAGCCAUCGCGUAAAGGUGUUGUUGCCCGCGACGACGACAUUGUCGCAAGGCCCAGGAAUCGGUCACUACCUGCAACGGUCGGUUGGGUUACUAUUAUGGCUUCCAUUGUCGGCUUGAGUCUGUUUGCAGCCAAACAUAAACGCCUUGAGGAUGAAACGGGAGUCCUUGGCGAUAUGCUUCAGCUUUAUGCUUUCAUGCUAACGGUCGCUGUGAAUGCGUUGUGGACAGUAGAGUCCUACCGGCCUGGCUUCUUCUUAGGACCAUUGCACAGCUCUAUACCCUAUAUACUCGCCUGCAUUGUCGUAGGAUGGGAACUUAUCCUGCCAAUCUACUUCAUCAUAUUCAUUUGCGCAAGUCGACCUCGAUCGUUCUACUACCCUAACCCUCGAGCCAUCGACAUCAGGGCGGCCGAAUACCUUCCCACAGGCCUCUUGAUCACUUACAUUCCGCCGAUCUUCUGGGCUCUGAUAACGUCUGGUGGAUCUCUGACGGCAGCUCGCUGGUUGUUCCCCGCAGCCCAUCUCGCCCUGCCAAUGGCAGUAUAUCUAGGACUGAAGCUGUCGAAGAAAGAUCCGCCCGAAUCCAAUGUCUCGGAGUUCUUAUACGGCAAUAGAGACAUACCUUACCUGCUCAAAACCUAUAAUGCAAUCAUCUUAGCCACCACAUCGCUUUAUGUUCUUAUCUUGGGUCAAGUGGCUCUCCAGUUUCCAGACAUGGGCACUGUUGUAAUGGCCGUCUUCUCAACCAAAGGCGCACAAUUGAUGGUGCUUUCCCUUGUCGUCAUGUUUCUCAACUUUUCAUCCAUCCCGGACUACUCCCCGAAUGGAUUUAUCCGCUCGAUCUCACCCGUCGACCCAGCUAAAUUACCAGUAGACCUUCAACCUGGUGAUAAAUUGAACGUCUGUGCAGGCUAUGGAAAGAUGACCUUCUCGCCCAUCGUCUCAGCGAAUACGCAAUCUAUGUUUAGCUGGAUAGGUUCUAUCCCAGGAAUCUUCACCGGGGAGCAUAUGUUUCGCUUCGAGGAAAUUCCUGCUUCAGGACAGGAACAGAGCCGCACAAGGUUCGUGCACGAGGAGACGUUCACGGGUCUUCUUUCCUUCCUCAUGGGGGAGAGCUUCGUCGCCAGGUAUGUUGGUCUGAUGGAGGAUUCCAGGAAGGGGUAUGAUGGGUUCAACCAUGAUCUCAAGAGUUGGGUCGAAAAAGAGAGCAUGGGAAAUUGA